AUGGUUUCUGGGAAGAAAGUUCUUUCAAUUCAGUCACAUGUGGUUCAUGGAUAUGUUGGGAAUAAGGCUGCUACUUUCCCGUUACAAUGCAAAGGAUGGGAUGUCGAUGCUUUGAAUACGGUUCAGUUUAGUAAUCAUCCAGCCUACGGGUUUCUUUCUGGGUUCAAGUCCCGUAGUGAGGAUUUGGAACGAAUCAUUCAAGAUGGGCUGCUAUCAGGAUUAAAGAUCCAUUAUGAUGCAGUACUAACGGGUUAUCUGCCGGAUACACAGGGGCUUAAGAAGAUUGGAGCACUUUUGGUAAAGCUCUGUAACGAUGAUCCCAGCUUAAAAUGGAUUUUGGACCCUGUGCUCGGGGAUAAUGGCAAGUUGUAUGUGCCCGAAGAUACGGUAGAUAUAUAUAAGCAGAUAUUGAAAGAUGGGUCCGUGUAUCUGGCAACGCCAAACCAAUUUGAAUUGGAGGUUUUGACCGGCACGGUUAUUGCAGAUUUGAAUUCGCUUAAGAACGCCUUGAAUAAAUUCCAUGUUCUGUAUCCCAAAGUGCGGUACUUGGUUGUCACCAGUGUCAAUUGGCCAUCGUCUGCGGAUGAUGACAGUUUUGUUUCGGCUUGUACAGAUUUUACGGAAUAUUGGUAUUUCAAUAUACCAAAGAUCAAUGCGCAUUUCUCAGGUAGUGGAGAUUUAUUCAGCGCAAUUAUCAUGGACUUGCUUCUAUCGUCUGAGACCGUAGAACUUCCAUUGGCAUUGAACAGUGCUUUAUCUCUGGUGGACGGUGUGCUCAGACGAACUUAUGAUCUGACUUCCAAACCGGCACAGUCAGACGAUACUCCAUUCAAGAUAAACGAUUUGAAGAUUAUUCAAUGUAAGGAUCUCUUUAGAUCGUACCCAGUGCCAAAUUUUGUAGCUCACAAGUUAUAG